AUGAGUUCGGAUGCUGAAAUGGCAGUGUUUGGGGAGGCUGCCCCAUACCUGAGGAAGCCUGAGCGAGAGAGGAUCGAAGCGCAGAACAGGCCGUUCGAUGCCAAAACUGCAGUGUUUGUGGCUGAUCCAAAAGACCUGUACGUUAAAGGCACUCUGCUAAACAAAGAAGGGGGCAAAGCCACUGUUAAAACUGAGGCAGGGCAGACAGUAGCAGUGAAGGAUGACCAAGUCUUCCCCAUGAACCCACCCAAGUUUGACAAGAUCGAGGACAUGGCCAUGAUGACCCACCUCAACGAAGCCUCUGUGCUGUACAACCUCAAAGAGCGUUACGCAGCAUGGAUGAUCUAUACCUAUUCAGGGCUGUUUUGUGUCACUGUGAACCCCUAUAAGUGGCUCCCAGUGUACAACAACGCAGUAGUGGUGGCCUACAGGGGCAAAAAGCGCCAGGAGGCUCCACCACACAUCUUCUCCAUCUCCGACAACGCCUAUCAGUUUAUGCUCACUGACAGAGAAAACCAGUCCAUCCUUAUCACUGGAGAAUCCGGUGCAGGGAAGACGGUGAACACCAAGCGUGUCAUCCAGUACUUUGCGACAAUCGCAGUGUCUGGGGAGCGAAAGAAAGAGGUUGUCACCUCAGGCAAAAUACAGGGGAAUCUGGAGGACCAGAUCAUCUCUGCUAACCCACUGCUAGAGGCCUUUGGAAAUGCAAAGACUGUCAGAAAUGAUAAUUCCUCUCGUUUUGGCAAAUUUAUCAGAAUCCACUUCGGCACCACAGGAAAACUGUCUUCUGCUGAUAUUGAAACAUAUUUGCUGGAAAAAUCCAGAGUAACGUUUCAGCUUGCUGCAGAGAGGAGUUACCAUAUUUUCUACCAGAUCAUGUCCAACAAGAAGCCUGAGCUCAUAGAGACUCUGCUCAUCACCACCAACCCCUAUGACUACCCAUUUGUCAGCCAAGGAGAAAUCAGUGUGGCUAGCAUUGAUGACAGUCAGGAACUGAUGGCCACUGAUAGUGCUGUUGACAUCCUUGGCUUCACUGGAGAGGAGAAAAUUGGCAUCUACAAGCUAACCGGCGCUGUGAUGCAUUAUGGGAACAUGAAGUUCAAGCAGAAGCAAAGAGAGGAGCAAGCAGAGCCAGAUGGGACAGAGGUGGCUGAUAAAGCGGCUUAUCUGAUGGGCCUGAACUCUGCAGACUUGCUGAAGGCAUUGUGUUACCCUAGAGUUAAGGUUGGGAAUGAAUAUGUCACCAAAGGCCAGACUGUCCAGCAGGUCUACAAUUCUAUUGGAGCUUUGGCCAAGUCCGUCUAUGAGAAGAUGUUUCUGUGGAUGGUCAUCCGCAUUAAUCAGAUGUUGGACACCAAGCAACCACGGCAGUUUUUUAUCGGAGUCUUAGAUAUUGCUGGCUUUGAAAUCUUUGAUUACAACAGUCUGGAGCAGCUGUGUAUCAACUUCACCAAUGAGAAACUGCAACAGUUUUUCAACCACCACAUGUUUGUGCUGGAGCAAGAGGAAUAUAAGAAGGAAGGCAUCGAGUGGGAGUUCAUUGACUUUGGAAUGGACUUGGCUGCCUGUAUAGAGCUCAUUGAAAAGCCAAUGGGCAUCUUUUCCAUCCUUGAAGAGGAGUGCAUGUUCCCCAAGGCAUCAGACACCACCUUCAAAAACAAGCUGUACGACCAGCAUCUUGGAAAAUCAAAUAACUUCCAGAAGCCCAAGCCUGUCAAAGGCAAGGCUGAGGCUCAUUUCUCUCUGGUGCACUAUGCUGGCACUGUGGACUACAGCAUCACUGGCUGGCUGGACAAGAAUAAGGAUCCACUGAAUGAAACUGUAGUCCAGCUUUACCAGAAAGCCAGCCUGAGGCUGCUGUCAUUCCUCUAUUCUAACUACGCUUCAUCUGAAGAAAGUGGUGGUGGAGGAACCAGUGGAACAGGUGCUAAGAAAGCAGCCAAGAAGAAGGGUUCAUCCUUCCAGACAGUAUCAGCCCUAUUCAGGGAAAACCUGGGAAAGCUGAUGACAAAUCUGAGAAGCACCCAUCCUCAUUUUGUAAGGUGUUUAAUUCCAAAUGAAACUAAAACCCCAGGGGCGAUGGAGAACGCACUGGUUAUCCAUCAGCUGCGAUGCAAUGGUGUGCUGGAAGGAAUCAGGAUCUGCAGAAAGGGCUUCCCAAGUAGAAUAUUGUAUGGGGAUUUCAAGCAAAGGUACAAAGUACUGAAUGCAAGUGUGAUCCCUGAGGGUCAGUUCAUUGACAACAAGAAAGCUGCUGAGAAGCUCUUGGGGUCUAUCGAUGUGGACCACACACAGUAUAAGUUUGGGCACACCAAGGUGUUCUUCAAAGCAGGGCUCUUGGGACAACUAGAAGAGAUGAGGGAUGAAAAACUGGCCUCUCUCAUCACUGUUACUCAAGCCUUAUGUCGCGGCUUUCUCAAAAGGAGGGAUUUUCAGAAAAUGAUGGAGAGGAGAGAAUCCAUUUACAUCGUCCAAUACAACAUUCGCUCCUUCAUGAAUGUAAAACACUGGCCAUGGAUGAAGCUGUACUUCAAGAUCAAGCCACUCUUAAGGAGUGCUGAGACUGAGAAGGAGAUGGCCACCAUGAAAGUGGAGUUUGCCAAGUGUAAGGAGGACUUAGCUAAAGCUGAGAACAAGAGGCGAGAGCUGGAAGCCAAAAUGGUUUCCCUGCUCCAGGAGAAGAAUGACUUGUGUCUGCAGGUUCAGUCUGAAAGUGAGAGCCUGGCAGAUGCAGAGGAGAGGUGUGAGGGACUGAUAAAGAACAAGAUUAUGCUGGAAGCCAAAGCCAAAGAGUUGAGUGAGAGACUGGAGGAUGAGGAGGAGGUAAAUGCUGAGUUGACUGCCAAGAAGAGAAAGCUGGAGGAUGAGUGCUCUGAGCUGAAGAAAGACAUUGAUGACUUGGAGCUCACACUGGCUAAAGUGGAGAAGGAGAAACAUGCCACUGAAAACAAGGUUAAGAAUUUGACUGAGGAAAUGUCAAACCUCGAUGAUACCAUUGCCAAGUUAUCCAAGGAGAAGCAGUCCCUCCAGGAGGCCCAUCAGCAGACACUGGAUGACCUGCAGGCAGAGGAGGACAAAGUCAACUCCCUGACCAAAGCCAAGAUCAAACUGGAGCAACAAGUCGAUCUUCUUGAAGGGUGUCUGGAACAAGAAAAGAAAAUCCGUAUGGAUGUAGAGAGGGCCAAAAGGAAGAUUGAAGGAGAUCUGAAACUAACUCAAGAAUCCAUCAUGGAUCUGGAAAAUGACAAACAGCAGAUGGAGGAGCGCCUUAAAAAGAAAGACUUUGAGUUCAGCCAACUUGUAACCAAACUUGAGGAUGAGCAGAGUAUGGCUAUGCAAUCUCUGAAGAGGAUCAAGGAGCUCCAGGCACGAAUUGAAGAGUUGGAGGAAGAGAUUGAGGCCGAGCGUGUCGCCAGGGCUAAGGUGGAAAAACAGAGGUCUGACCUCUCCAGGGAGCUCGAGGAGAUCAGUGAGAGACUGGAGGAAGCUGGAGGAGCCACUGCCGCUCAGGUUGAGAUGAACAAGAAGCGAGAGGCCGAGUUUCAGAAACUGAGACGAGACCUUGAAGAGUCGACUCUUCACCACGAAGCGACUGCCGCAGCUUUGAGAAAGAAACAUGCUGACACUGUGGCUGAGCUGGGAGAGCAGAUCGACAACCUGCAGCGGGUCAAACAGAAGCUAGAGAAGGAGAAGAGCGAGUACAAGAUGGAGACUGAUGACCUGUGCAGCAACAUGGAGGCCAUGGUCAAGGCAAAGGGUAAUUAUGAGAAACUGUGUCGCUCUAUGGAAGACCAGCUGGCUGAAUACAAAACGAAACAUGAUGAAAACACUCGUCUCAUCACUGAAAUCAGUGCUCAAAGGGCAAGACUUCAGAAUGAAAAUGGUGAGCUUUCCCGCCUUCUUGAGGAGAAAGAAGCGAUACUCUCUCAGAUGUCAAGGGCUAAGCUUGCCUUCACUCAACAAAUUGAGGAACUGAAGAGGCACUCUGAAGAGGAAACAAAGGCUAAGAAUGCCCUUGCUCAUGCCCUCCAAUCUGCUCGCCAUGACUGUGAUCUGCUGAGGGAGCAGUUUGAGGAGGAGCAGGAGGCCAAGGGCGAGCUCCAGAGAGGAAUGUCCAAGGCCAACACCGAGGUGGCCCAGUGGAGAACCAAAUAUGAGACUGAUGCCAUCCAGCGCACUGACGAACUGGAAGAAGCCAAGAAAAAGCUCGCUCAACGUUUGCAGGAGGCUGAAGAGGCCACAGAGGCUGUGAACGCCAAGUGCUCGUCUUUGGAGAAGACCAAGCAGAGGCUGCAGGGAGAGGUGGAAGAUCUCAUGGCUGAUGUGGAAAGGGCAAAUGCACAAGCAGCUGCUCUUGAUAAAAAGCAGAGAAACUUUGAUAAGAUUUUGGCUGAGUGGAAGCAGAAAUAUGAGGAGAGCCAGGCUGAGCUGGAGGGGUCACAGAAAGAGUCUCGAUCUCUCAGCACCGAGCUCUUCAAAAUGAAGAACUCUUACGAGGAAGCUCUGGAGCACCUAGAUGUCCUCAAACGAGAGAAUAAGAACCUGCAACAGGAAAUCUCGGAUCUGACUGAACAGCUUGGUGAGAAUGGCAAAGCCAUCCAUGAGCUGGAGAAGAAUAAGAAACAAACUGAGAGUGAGAAGACUGAAAUCCAGACUGCUUUGGAGGAGGCGGAGGCUUCCCUGGAACAUGAGGAAUCCAAAAUUCUUCGCAUCCAGCUGGAACUCUCUCAGGUCAAAGGAGAAGUAGAUCGUAGGCUGGCUGAGAAGGAUGAGGAGAUGGAGCAGAUCAAACGCAACCAGCAACGUGUUGUUGAAACCAUGCAGUCAGCAUUAGACAGUGAGAUUCGCAGCAGGAAUGACGCCAUCAGAAUCAGAAAGAAGAUGGAGACUGAUCUCAAUGAUAUGGAGAUCCAACUGAGCCACGCAAAUCGGCAGGCCAUUGAAGCCCAGAAGCAGCUGAGGAACAUGCAAGCGCACCUCAAGGAACAAACUCUUCACCUGGAUGAGGCACUGCGUAGCCAGGAGGACCUAAGGGAGCAAGUAGCUAUGGUGGAGCGCAGGAACAACCUGAUGCAGGCCGAGGUGGAGGAGCUCCGGGCUGCUCUGGAGCAAACUGAAAGGAGCCGCAAACUGGCUGAACAGGAGCUGGUUGAUGCCAGUGAGAGAGUGGGAUUACUGCACUCUCAGAACACCAGCCUUCUCAACUCCAAGAAGAAACUGGAUGCAGAUGUCAGUCAACUUCAGGGCGAGGUGGAGGACGCAAUCCAAGAGGCUCGCAAUGCAGAGGAAAAGGCCAAGAAGGCGAUCACUGAUGCAGCUAUGAUGGCUGAGGAGCUGAAGAAGGAGCAGGACACCAAUGGUCAUCUAGAGAGGAUGAAGAAGAACCUGGAGACCUCAGUGAAGGAUCUCCAGCACCGUCUGGAUGAGGCGGAGAGCCUGGCUCUGAAGGGAGGCAAGAAGCAGCUCCAGAAACUGGAGGCUCGGGUGCGUGAACUGGAGGGUGAGGUGGAGAAUGAACAGAGGAGAGGGUCUGAUGCUGUCAAAGGAAUCCGUAAAUAUGAGAGGCGGGUCAAGGAGCUCACCUAUCAGACUGAAGAGGACAAGAAGACUGUCCAAAGACUGCAGGACCUAGUGGACAAGCUGCAGCUGAAAGUCAAGGCCUAUAAACGGCAGAACGAAGAAGCUGAGGAGCAAGCUAAUGCUCAUCUGGCUAAGUUAAGGAAGGUACAGCACGAGCUGGAAGAGGCUGAGGAGCGUGCAGACAUCGCCGAGUCCCAAGACAAGAAGAAUGUCCUGAGACUCCAGGAUCCGGUGGGCAAGCUGCUGCUGAAGAUGAAGGCCUACAAACACCAGACGGCGGAAGAGCAAGCAAAUAACCACCUGGCUGAGUUAAGGAUGGUGCGGUGUGAGCUGGAAGAAGCAGAGGAGUGGGAAGAUGAUAAGAUGACAGCCAAGAACAAGGAGUGGCAUAUGGCAGCAGAGCACAGAUCUGAUUACAAUAAAAGGCCUGCAAACUUGCGGAGUUUCCGGUCUCCCCCUGGCUUCGUGCUUGAUAUUGACGGUGCUCCGGGUGGCUGUGGCAGGAGGCAGGCUGGCGGCCAGGCUCGCGGAGCAGAGCGGAGAGGGACGCCUUGA